AUGAAUCUGGAAGGUGUCGGUGAUGAAGUAAGGUGUCGCGCCUUCCCGGUGACCUUGGUAGGGCCGACAAUCCACUGGUUUAACGCUCUCCCCCAAGGCUCCGUCACAACUUUUGCGGACAUAACCCGCGCUUUCCUGGCUCAGUUUACCACACGUAUUGCUAAGGCUAAGCACCCGAUCAACUUGUUAGGGGUGACACAGAGAAGCAAAAAACCGACCAGGAAGCACCUGGAUAGGUUUAAUGAUGAAUGCUUGGAGAUUGACGACCUGAUCGACUCAGUGGCCAGUUUUUGCUUGACGAACGGGUUACUGAACGAGGAUUUCAGGAAGCACCUUACCACCAAGCCCGUAUGGACGAUGCAGGAGAUCCAAAAUGUGACCAGGGAAUAUAUCAAAGACGAAGAGGUUAGCCAAGUCGUGGCAGCCAACAAGCGGCAGCCCGCUUAUAACCCUGCUCGCCAGCCCGGUAAUGGGGAAAGGCCUAAGGAGCACUCCAAGGACGGAGGGCCGUCUAAAGCCUUCAAGCCGUUCCCCCGGGUAGUAAAGUUUACUAACUACACUCCCCUGACAGCUCUGAUCGUCGAAGUGUAUCAGCAAAUAGCCGACAAAGGGAUCCUAUCGAAGCCCCGACAACUCAAGGAUAUAACUGGGGAGAACAAAAACCUCUAUUGUGACUAUCACAAGGGCUUCGGCCACAAGACCCAGGAUUGUUUCGAUUUGAAGGACGCACUGGAGCAGGCGAUCCGGGAAGGAGAUGGGACUGUGAACCGAUCUGGCGACGACAGGGGCCGCACCGUUAAACAAAGGCAAGAACCCGAGGAGGACGAUGAGUGCGGCCUCACCAUAAUAAACGUGGUGGUCGGGAGGGACGUCGCCCCCAGGUUGAAGUUGGCAUGCAGGAAGGAUGCCAAAGUCUUGGCGGUGUCAUCGUCUAGUCUCGUGCCCCCCUCCAGGAGAAUCCAGCCAAUAUCAUUCGGUCCAGAGGACCAAUGGUUCGACGACUUGCCAGAGAACCCUUCUAUAGUGAUCACGGCAAGAGUGGGGACUGGUCUGGUCAGACGAAUCCUUGUGGACACUGGAACCAAUUCGAACAUCAUGUUCUGUAAUGUGUUUGACGCUCUGGGCCUCCGGGACACCGACCUGAGGACCCACCAACACAGUGUGGUUGCCUUAGGCGAUAACUUUAUUAAGCCUGAUGGAAUAGUAUCCUUACCGAUCUCCAUAGGAGCAGGCCGAGGGAAGAGGUCGGUAAUGGCGGAGUUCUUUGUCCUAAGGGAUUCCACGGCCUACAACCUUAUCUUGGGUAGAAAAACCAUCAAUGAGUUCAGAGCAGUGAUUUGUACCAAGUUACUGGUGAUAAAGUUUGUUGCUGAUGAUGGGUCUUUUGGAUCCAUCAGGGGUGAUUUGAAAACGGCAGUCGCUUGCGACAACGCCAACCUCUCCCUAAGAAAAAAGUCCAAAGAAGCAGCCAGGGUCUUCCUAGCCGACCUAGAUGCGAGGGUUGACGACAAACCCCGACCAGAACCUGAAGAAGACCUUGAGAAGUUCAGGGUCAGUGACACGGAAGAGAAGUUCACCUUUGCGAACAGGAAUCUCCCUCAUGACUUAAAAGAACCAUUUGUGGAAAUGAUUCGAGCAAACGGCGAUCUGUUCGCCUGGACGCCGGUCGACAUGCUGGGAAUUGACCCCAAUUCAUGUCUCACCAUCUGGCCGUUAGGGUAG